AUGGACCACAAACGAACUAAGUCAACAAAAUCAACAUCAUCGACUACUCACCGCACUAGAGAGUCGCAGGUUUGCUCUCUAUUAUCGACUAGUGAAACCCUGGUAGACUCACGGGUAGAAUCAAAGGAUGUAACAAAUUAUACAGAUGAUAAUAAUGAACCCCCUCAACUGAAUACGAUUGAUGACCAGCCGGUCUAUUUACGCAAAAAAUCAAUAUACAAACCAGUACAGCAUGCCCCGCUGACAGCAACAAGAACCUCAAUAUUUCACAUAUUUAGAUUUGCAGCUCUAUUUGAUUAUUUACUCAUGACAUUUGCUAUCUUCUGUAGUCUAUCUAAUGGCCUCAUCCUCCCCUUAAUGACAUAUUUGCUUGGUAAUUUAUUUAACGUAUUUACAGAUCGACAAACCGGAAUAAUAACAGACACUGUUUUCAGGAAAAAAGUAGACACUCUAUUAUACUAUUUCAUAGCAUUAGCUAUAGGAACAUUUAUGCUGUCAUAUGGAAUGAUUUUUAUAUGGAGUUGGACUGCUGAGAGACAGACAAAGAGAAUGCGAGCUACCUACUUCAAAUCAUUGCUCAGAAUGGAGAUAUCACACUACGAGAGAGAAGACGUAACAUCAGGUGGACUACUCGUCUCGCUCAACAAAGACGCUGAUGACGUUCAUGUAACUAUAUCUGAGAAUAUGGGUUUUUUCCUACAGGAUGUAGCUACCGCAAUAGGAUGUAUUGUACUUGCAUUCUCGAAGCAUGCUAUACUCACUCUCGUAGUAUUAUCGGGAAUACCGGUGAUGGUGGUUGUCCUCGCAUUAACUGAUAAAGCAGCAUCCCCAGCCAUAGUCGAGGAGAGAAACAUAUUCCUCAAAGCAGGUAGUAUAUUAGAGAAUGCGCUCUCGGCAAUAAAGACUGUGCGUGCUUUCAAUGGAGAAUCAAAGGAAGAAAUGAAGCACAAUCAAUGUCUAAAGGAAGCCAAUUCGGUCUCUAAACAGUUGGCUCGUAUAUACGGAACACGCACUGGUCUUUCACAGUUUUUGUUAUUAUCGUUAUUUGUGCAGGGAUUCUGGUACGGGUCUAUCCUGGUCGCCGAUCAGAAGCUAUCCCCUGGUGGCGUAUUGAGUGUGUUCUAUGCAUGUUUACAAGCAGCAAGUGCCAUGAGAGAACUAAUACCGCGGUUAGGCGUAUUUGCUAAAGCAAAGAAUGCUGUCAGAGCUAUUAAUACACUGCUUGAAAAAGUAGCUCUAUUGGAUCUGGAAGCGCUGAGGGGGUUCAAAUUAUCUCGUUGUGAUGGCAAUAUCGAGUUUGCACAAGUCAGUUUCGCAUAUCCAAGUCGUCCGGAUACGCUUGUAUUGCGAAAUAUAGACUUGCACAUACCGGCUGGUAGAACAACAGUACUGGUUGGGCAGAGUGGAUCUGGCAAGUCUACAAUAACUCAACUGAUUCAACGUUUGUAUGAUCCUCAGGAAGGACUUAUUACCAUAGAUAGUAGGGAUAUCAGAAUACUAAAUUUAUCAUGGCUUAGGCAGCAAAUAGGUGUGGUCAAUCAGGAGCCUGUUCUUUUCGAUGAUACAAUCUUCAUGAACGUGGCAUACGGGAAGAGUGAUUAUUGGAACGUAACUAUGGACGAUGUGGUAGCCGCUUGUAAAUUAGCUUGUAUACAUGACAUGAUAAAGGAGCUACCAAAUGGUUAUGAUACUCAACUCGGAGAUAGAGGUCAAACUCUCUCCGGUGGGCAAAAACAGCGAUUGGCUAUAGCACGUGCAUUAAUUAAAAACCCACAGAUACUCAUUCUCGAUGAGGCGUCAAGCGCCCUAGACACAACUUCCGACAAAUUGGUACAGAAAGCUCUGGAAAACUCACGCAAAGGACGUACUACCAUUGUUGUUACUCAUAAACUCAGUCAAAUUCAUCCACAUAAUCUUGUAUACGUACUUGAUCAAGGUGAAAUAGUAGAAAGUGGCACUCCAGCUGAACUACUACUCAAUAAGGAUAGCCAUUACACUCGACUAUCAAAGGAACUAACGAACGGCAAAGUUAAAAGACGAACAGCUGAGUUACAAAAGAUAGAUCUGAGGCUUCGACGAGUUUCCAGUAUUCGUCGCGGUAACGACACUUUGACAGACGGAACGGGAUUGUCUCCAAAAUCUCUAAGACUUCAUCUAUACGAAGACUAUUUCGACCAGAAUGCCAUUGAUGUACUCGAAAAAAGCGCAUCUAAUGCGGUGUCAAGGCGUAAUAAUCGUGCGUCUUACUUUGGUGUUCUCAGUUAUUAUGAUGAAGAUGGUAUAAAUCUGAACGAAAUAAUAAUAUCUAACGAAGCCAAUGCUAAUAAGCCAGAGUACCCGACAAUGUCGCUUCCCACUUUAAUACGUAGCACAUUUCAGAAUAGGCGUUUAUGGACAUGUGGUCUAUUAGCAUCGAUUGCCAACGGGUCUGUCAUGCCAGCAUUCUCAUUUGUACUAUCUAAACUACUAGCAUCUUAUUCUCUGCCUGACAAACAAGAAAUAGAAUCACGUGCUCGCAUGUUCUCGCUCUUAAUAUUAUCCCUAGCUAUUACAAAUGGUAUAUCAGCAUUCUUAAAGUACUAUAUUUUGGAGCGAACGUCCGAGAAAUGGUCAGUACGGCUACGAUCACUUGGAUUCGCCAGAGUACUUCAACAGCCUCAAUCAUGGUUCGACAAACCUGAGAAUUCGACUGCAAAGGUAGCGACGAAACUCAUUGUUGAUACCGAGUCAACCAAAACAAUCGUCGGGCAUUUCUCUGGAAACAUGAUAUAUAUAUUAGUAUCAUUAUUCGGGGGUAUGAUCUGGGCGUUUGUGAAAGGAUGGCAAUUGGCAUUGGUUGGGUUUAGUUUUGUUCCUGCUAUAAUGAUUACGACCCAGUUACAAGGGUAUAUAUUGGAGAAAUACGAAAAGAAAAGAAAGUCAUCUGAUGAAGACGCAGCCAACGCAUUUUACCAGGCCAUUGCAAGUAUUAGGACGGUGUUUUCACUUUGUAUCGAGAGUGCAAUGUUAAAAAAAUAUGAUGAAGCAUUACAAAAACCUUACAGAGUGGGUGUUCGUAAAGCGGCAGUUAACGGAUUUUUCUAUGCAACAAUGGAAGGUCUACAAUAUGUUACCAAAGGUGUUACGUUCUGGUAUGGAGCCAUCCUCAUCAUUCGAGGUGACUACGAUCUAGAGAGAAUGCUCAUCGUAUGGACACUCGUUAUCUUCUGUACCAAUGCCGCUAGUCAAAUGCUCCAAACAAUCCCUUAUCUUACAAAAAGCAAAACAGCAGCUCGUUCGAUCGCUCAAAUACUCAGCCUCCCAUUGACAUCAACUUCAGGUUCGCGUUUAAACAGAGUCCAAGGUGAAAUAACAUUUAAACACGUAUUCUUCUCAUACCCAGGUCGCCAAGACGCAUUGGUUCUUAAAGACAUGAGCUUCAGCAUGCAACCAGGGCAAACCGUUGCAUUAGUAGGCAAAAGUGGUCACGGCAAGUCAACUGUUGCUUCCUUACUCCAACGGUUUUAUGAACCGAACGGAGGAUCUAUACUUCUUGACUAUGUAAAUGUGGACGAACUGGACUUGCAUUGGCUUCGUGAACAGAUUGGUAUUGUUAGUCAAGAACCAGUUUUGUUUGAUGCUACUAUUGCCGAAAAUAUCGCUUAUGGUAAAGAUGAUGCUACGAAGGAUGAGAUCGAGACAGCAGCAAUGCAGGUUAAUAUGCAUGAGUUUAUUUGCUCGUUAACGAAUGGGUAUGAUACAAGAUUAGGAUCCGGUGGAUCGCAGCUAUCUGGUGGACAGAAACAGCGGUUAGCUAUUGCGAGAGUACUUUUGCGUAAUCCAAGGAUUCUCAUUCUCGAUGAAGCUACAAGUGCGUUGGAUGCUACGAACCGAGCACUUAUUCAGGAUACUUUGACUCAUGUGCAGAAGGGACGCACUACUUUGAUCAUAACUCACCAUUUGAACACUGUCGAGAAUGCUGAUAAAAUAUUGGUAGUAGAAAAUGGCCGAAUAGCUGAAUGA